AUGUGCUCCCGGACACUUCAAAAGACGGGUGCUUUGUCCGCCGUUUCUCCUCAUCCUACAACCACGCGACACCUAGAAGCUACCCGGGAUGCCGAAAAUGUUGUAAUGCAGCCUGGAUUAUUGCCUCCAAUCAAACAGGUUGUAUCCAUGUGGCAAUGUUGUAAUUGCUGCCACGGCUGGAUGCGUCUCGAUGUCAACCCAAUCUGCCCAGACAUAAAUAUGCCAACAGAGCCUGUCAGUAUGGCCGGCAUAAACUCUUCAGCUUAUGCGUGGAACCAAGAGUUCUUCGACCGACAGAUUCAAAAAUAUCCAGCAGAAAACACACCUGCAGUAGCGACCUUCUCAGGCGUUUACGAUCUCAUUAAGAAGUUUCUUUCGGCAUCUGGUGACAUGGAGACAUUCCUCGGGCCUAGCACAUACCAAAUGUUGGAGCUUGAGCCCCUCUGCAAGUCAUGCAGUAUCGACACUCUGCUAAGCGGAACUGACCCUCGUGUGGCUCGGCCCAUGGCUCUGCUGGAUGACAGAUGUCGGCGGAUGCAUCAUUCUGAACCACCAGGUGGCCAUAUGCGCCGUGACCGUGGGUCUUUAAGUUCCUCGCAGCUAUUACAAGAAUUGAAGAAGAGUCGCUACGGAUGCAUUGGUGAGACUGAUGCUGCAAGGCGACUACUCUAUGUGGCUAAUCCAGAUUGCUGGGUGAUUGUGGCGUUGGCUUCAACUGCUUCCAACGUUCAAGCCACGUUUCUAGCAGACUUCUUUUAUAAGUACCUGGGGUCCAGAACGUCACUAGGUAUACAUCGACCGAUGCGGGGACCACUCAUCUUUGGACUUGAAUUCCAUCUACAAUUCUACGUCUGGUGUGAAGGCGGGCCGCAGUUCCAUGACUCUAGGAAGAAACGGAACGGAAAGCCUCUGCGCCAAAGUCGACAGCCCUACUACCUCAGACUGGGCGAUGAAAAUGAGCCGCAGGUUCAUAUCUAUGAAACCCAGGUCUCCUGCCUGAUAGCAGGUAUAGAUGAGGACUCCUGGGUUGCAUAUCAGUUUGUUGAUACAUACUACCAAGGAGAAAAGCCGCUUGCGCAAGAUGAACAGCAUGGCGUCAAGCCAGAUCCCUUGACAGGGGGGCUUUUUGAUGCAAAUCUCCCUAUCUGGACCCCGAGAGAGUAUUUCCUCAUCGUCUACGAGUGCCGACUCAAACAAGUCAGGCAUGCUAUGCACAACCUGAUCGCAAGAUUACAUUUAAGAUUAGAGCCAUAUACACAGGAUGAAGGGGAUAUGGCAACUUCUUUCGGUGAGGGUAUUAUCAAUACGAUGGACCAAAAGAAGUUGAUGCAAAGAGUCCUCAACGAAGCAAACUGCUUUCUACCACAAACUAUCCACUCUAUCUGCAAGGCGAUUGAGGUUUGGGAUAAAUUCAGCAGAAGAGAUCUUGCCUACCUCUCAGACAUACUAAAGUCUGAUUCUAAGAAGAGCCCAAUCCCAUCGGUCAAGGUCGUUACCAUGAUUGAGGAUCAUAUCGAUGCGUUGCGAGACCUCCAACGACGCGCAGAGGAACAGAGAGACUUGUGCACAGGGCUUGCCCGAAAGCUGGAAAUGCAGAUUGUAGUGGAGGAUAAUGAAGUCACGGCCCGACAGCAAGCAGGGACUGAGAUGACGAGAUAUUGGACUGGCAUUGGCUUGGUCUUUCUGCCGCUCACGGCUGUUACUGGUAUAUUCAUUCUUAUUGGUGCGGUAGUGUUUUUCCAGAAGCGAUCCAUGGGCGAUCAACUUGACACGAUAUUCAGUGGAGACCAGUGGGUGCUUGACUGGGGAGGAGCAGAUGCAGCAGCUCAAUUCGAAAACACUACUCUGCGCCAGACAUUCCACAUGUCCAUUGGAGCUGACAAGAUCCGUAUUCGAUUUUCCAACAUCUUUGGCAAAACAGACCUGCCCAUCACUGCAGCAUCAAUCGCUCUACCAGUCGGUGGAAAGGCUGGUGUUGGUCAGAUCGACACCAAGACCACGAAGCAGGUCAAGUUCAAGGGCAAGAAGUCCGUGUCUGUCCCAGCAGGAGAGAUUGUGUACUCCGAUCCCAUCGACUUCAAGCUGAAGCCUCUGUCCAACCUCGCAUUGUCUGUCUACACUGAGAAGGGUCAGCUUGGAAACAAGAUUACUGGACAUCCUGGCAGUCGAACGACUUCUUGGAUGCAAAAAGGCAACCACGUCAAUGCUGCAUCUGUAUCUCAGGGAAGCACCAAGCAUUGGUAUUUUGCGAACGGGGUUGACUCGUGGGCGCCCAAGGACCACUUCGCUGUUGUUCUCCUCGGAGAUAGCAUCACCGAUGGCCGCGGAAGUACGGACGACACAAACGAUCGAUGGUCCGAUGCUCUUGCGGCUCAUUUGCAAGAGUCUGGCAUGUCUAAUGUCGCUGUGAACAACAUGGCAGCAGGUGGCAAUGCUAUCCUCUCAGGCGGUCUGGGUCCUAUCCUGCUCCAACGGUAUAAGCGAGAUGCCUUGGAACAACCAGGUGCCAAAUUCGUCGUCGUAUUCGAAGGUGUAAACGACAUUGGACCAUCCGCAACCGAUGAGGCUACUCAAAAGAGGAUCAAAGAUGGUCUCAUCGCCGCCUAUAUCCAGAUUGCGAACGAUAUCAAGAAGGCAGGCAUGACUACCAUUGGAGCGACAAUCACGCAAAUGCUUGGAAACCAGUACCACUCUCCCGAGAGAGAAGUCACUCGGGUCGCGAUCAACGACUGGAUCUUGAAAAACGGGACUUUUGACCACACUGUCGACUUUGCGUCUUUGAUCGGAAGCGGAGAGAAGCUGCUCCCUCAGUAUGACUCUGGCGAUGGUCUCCAUCCCAACCCUGCGGCGUACAAGUUGAUGGGAACAAAGUUUCCGAUCAAGGUUUUUAAGAAAUAA